AAAUAUUUUUACACAAAGUUGAAGGUCGGUCACUUGUGAAUACCAUAAGUAUUUCGUAUGCGAAGGGAAUACAAAUGAAUCACUUAGCAUGUGAAAAAUAAAGAAACAAACGAUAAAAAAGAGUUUUCAAGACUUGUCGGUGUCGGCGAAGUUACUUAUCAGUUUAGUGUAAACUAAACGUUGAAAGUGAACAUUUAAGAGUUUCAAACAUUAAAUAUGCCUUCAAAAAUAAAAAUAGUACAAGCAGCUGACAUGUCGCUAGCUGCUAUGCAUUGUGCCCGCUGUGCGGACGGAUUCGAGCCCAACGAGAAGAUCGUCAACUCGAACGGUGAACUCUGGCACACCCAGUGUUUUGUUUGUGCGCAAUGCUUCCGACCUUUUGAAGAUGGCAUCUUCUACGAAUUCGAAGGACGUAAAUACUGUGAGCGUGAUUUCCAUGUGCUUUUCGCACCGUGUUGCAAUAAGUGUGGCGAGUUCGUAAUUGGACGUGUUAUCAAAGCAAUGGGCGCUAGCUGGCAUCCACAGUGUUUCCGCUGCCAAAUGUGUGCCAAAGAGUUGGCCGAUACCGGCUUUAUACGCAAUCAGAAUCGUGCCUUAUGCCAUGAGUGCAAUGCCAAAGUGAAGGCCGAGAUUACGGGUCGUUAUAUGUGCCAUAAGUGUCACGGCGUAAUAGACGACGCGCCCUUGCGUUUUCGUGGCGAAGUCUAUCACGGCUAUCAUUUUAACUGCACUGCCUGUGGUGUGGAGCUGGACUCGACAGCACGUGAAGUCAAGAGCCGACCGGGCUUAACGGCCAACGAUAUGAACGAAUUAUAUUGCUUACGCUGCCACGACAAGAUGGGUAUACCGAUUUGUGGUGCAUGCCGACGUCCGAUCGAAGAACGAGUUGUCACCGCUUUAGGCAAGCAUUGGCAUGUGGAGCAUUUUGUGUGCGCCAAAUGCGAAAAACCGUUCUUGGGCCAUCGGCAUUACGAAAAGCGCGGUUUGGCCUAUUGUGAGACACAUUACCACCAAUUGUUCGGCAAUUUAUGCUUCGUUUGCAAUCAAGUCAUAGCAGGCGAUGUAUUCACUGCACUCAAUAAAGCUUGGUGUGUGCAUCAUUUCGCUUGCUCCGUUUGUGAUAUGAAAAUGACGCAGAAAUCAAAAUUUUACGAAUACGAUGAGAAGCCCGUUUGCAAGAAAUGCUACGAACGUUUUCCAAGCGAAUUAAGGCAACGUUUGCGCAAGGCCCACGAAAUGUCCAUGAAGAAGAACUUUUAAGUGCUUGCCUUGUAUUGUCUAUAUUGAGAAUAUAUUUUGAAAAUGCAGACUUCUAAUCUGCAAAAAUUACUGUGCGCGGAAUGCGGCAGGGAAGUCAUAAAGCCAAGCAUAUACGUUAUUUUCAAAUCGAAGAUUAUUCCUUUCACCAUUACGAAUAACCUAAUUAAGUGCCUACAAAUUUCAUAUUUAUAUUACGUAACA